AUGGUAACGGUAAAGAAAUCAAAGCGCAAGAUUACUGACAUCGAUGUUGUUGAUGAACAGGAACUUAGGGAAGCUGCAUUACAUAUUCAACCUAAGCUUGAGAAUGAGAUUGCUCGGUUAAUGGAUUCUUAUGCAGCAAUGUAUCCUGAAUGGCUUCUCUCUCUUAGACAGUUGUAUUUCAACAAAGCUUUCUGUGGCUUCGCUCUUAUAAUGUAUGGCUUUGGGUCUAAGAAGGCUCUGAUUGAAGACUUUGCUUCAAAGACAUUGACUGAAUAUUCUGUAAUUGUCGUUAAUGGGUAUCUUCAGACUAUUAACUUAAAACAGCAUAGAGCAUUUGGUGGAGGAGAAGGAUAUGGUGGUAUUGGUUAUGGUGGAAGCAGAGAUCGUGGAUAUGGAGGAAGUGGCGGUGGAGGUAGUUAUUCUCGCGGUAGAGGUGGUGGUGGUGGAAAGUGGAGGAAUUAG